GGGCGGGCGAGGGCGAGCCCCGGCGGUGACGCUGUCCGGGCUGUAUGAAGCUGCGCGGCAGGCCCGGCCUGGCGGUUGCCAUGGGCAGCGCGAUGGCAGCGCUGCUGGUUUUCUAUUGCGCGCUCUCGGGAUCCCAGGUAUUAAGAGCAAUUGCUUUUUACUCCCCUUGGAGGAUAGAGCAACAGCUUUACAAGCUGGAUGUAGGCUGGCCUAAACGUCCAGAAUAUUUCACUGGGCAAACAUUUUGUGUUGCUGUUGACCCUCUCCAUGAUCUGGUCUAUGUUGCACAAAGAGGGGCUAAUGUACCAAAGGUACUAGUGUUUUCAGAUGAAGGAUAUUUCCUGCAUGCAUGGAAUUCCACACUUGAAAUGCCUCAUGGUAUCUUUGCAGCCAGCACCCCUACAGAUACUUCAAUAUGGAUCACAGAUGUUGGAACUGGGGAGUAUGGGCACACAGUUAAACAGUACAGUCCUUCUGGUAAACUUAUGCAGGUCCUGGGCACUCAAGGUAAAGCUGGCUCAGGUUUAAAUCCGCUGCAGUUUGAUCAGCCAGCAGAAAUAUUUGUGGAACAAACAGGGGAGAUCUACAUUGUGGAUGGAGAUGGAGGGAUGAAUAACAGAUUAUUCAAACUGUCCACAGAUUUCAAGGAAAUAUGGCUGCGUGGGGAAAAUGGUACAGGUGUUGGUCAGUUCAAGACUCCUCACAGUGUCACAGUGGAUUCUGUUGGACGGGUGUGGGUUGCUGACCGAGGAAACAAACGAAUCCAGGUUUUCAGUAAAGUCACAGGGGAAUGGCUGGGGUCCUGGAGUAGUUGUUUCGUAGAAGAUGGUCCCUCUUCUGUCAGAUUAACUACCAAUGAGGAAUAUCUAAUUGUAGCUCAGCUGAGUAUUAACAGAGUGACUGUCUUGGCAGCACCACCAGUAGGAUCCAUUGGAGAGUGCCAUGUGGUAAACACAAUCCAGCUAGCUGAUGAGGUUAAACCACACCUUGUGGAUAUAAAUGUGAAGACUGGAGCAAUUUAUGUUGCAGAAAUUGGUGCACAACAAGUACAAAAAUAUGUACCCUUAAACUAGUGGUUUUCUUUGGUUCAUUCAGCACAAGCCAUUUCUUCUGGAUUACAAGACCCAUGCUGGAUUUCCUUACGUUCAUUGCAGACUGUGGUUCCACUCAUAAGCACAGCAUGUUGCACCACUAGAAUGCAUAAAAAAACUGCUUUGUGACCUGCUCUCACUUUUAUUUUCUGUGUCAAACUCCGGGAGCUAUUUUCUCUUGAUCUGUCAUCAUUUGUUUUUACUGGCAUGUUUUGUGUGUUUUGUUUCAUUUUUGUUAGUUGUUGGGAUUUGGAGAAUGCAUAUUAGUUCCAUUUUACCAUGUUUUACCCUGCUUUUAACUUCAGGGUAAUUUUUCCCCUUGUCUCUUGAUAAAUCAUAAGACAUUAGGUUUGUAAUUAUUCUGCUUGUCUAGGCAUAAUUUCCAUUAUUAAUCAAUAUACACACUCUACCUCCAGUGUCCAGGGUGAAUCUUGUGACUUCUUUGCCUAGCCAGUGCACUCUGUUACCUCCUAAGGUCCUAGCUGGCAGAGAGAAAUGUCUACAUAUUUAAUUUUCUAGAAGCCUUGUGCACUUGAGGCCCUGGACUCUAGCUUAACAUUGCUUCAGGUUUCCUUGGCUCUCUAUGCUAACAUUGUCCAACUCAGAACAAAAAGAUGCAGCAUAUCAUAGUCUCCUUGGCUUCAGUGAGACCUUUGAUACUUAUAGCCAGUGCUGAGGCUUUAGCAUCUCUGGCAUCUAUCUUAGGUAAUCAUUGAUACCACUGUUGACAUCAGAGGCAUCAGUUCUUUACUGAUUUAAGCUAACUCCAUAUAAAGCACUUUAAAUGAAAUUAAGUGUGUCUUCACAAUGAGGUGACACAGAUUUUUAACUAACUGAGUUUCUAAAUUGAUUUAGUUAAAUGGGUACAAGUUUUAUCUGUAAGCAAGGCCUCAAAGUAGAGUGUGUUGAAGUUUAGCACAUCUGAGCUCCGUGAGGCGCAUACUCGGGAUUUACUAGGAGACUUUUAAUCAGCCUUAGGCCUGAUAACAUGCUUUCACCCUCUUAAUCUUGUUGAAACUCAGACACAUCAUCUACAGCAAUAUUUGGCCUUUGGAUUAUUGUUUUUUGAGACCACUGUGAUCUUUUAUUCUGUCUUUCAAGGACAUUAUUUCAAUAUUAAGCUGUGACUUUCCACUUCUUUUUGAGGGACUUCUGCUAAUACAUCAGCAGCUGAUUUCUCUUUAGCACAGAACUUGCAAACUUCUUUGUGACUGUUCCAGAGUCAUUGUCUUUAUAGUUCUUCCCCAGGAAGUAUUCACCAUCAUGGAUGUCCCAGCAGUUUAAUGUGUUAUUGCUUAGUUCAAUACCAGGUUCACUGAAAUUGAGAUAUGCUCAGUUUAGCCUUGAAGACCUUUCUUGCUACGGUGUCUAGAUCCUUAUGUAACAUGUUACAGCAAGAGUCUACGUGAAUCAUCAAGGAAGAGUCAGAUUUGGUUGCCAUGUCUGGACAUUAUUGCUGCUUUGAAACCCGGCAAUCCUGAACAAGGAGGACUUUGUAUAGAUGGUUGUGAUACUGAAAAAGACACUGUACUGGCAGAUACCUUCAGAUUGGCAGCUCAAGAGGCCUUCCAAGUGAUGUAGAUAAUGAAGUUUUGCAUGUGCCUUAGAGACCUCUGUGUCUUUGAGACUUGUCACUCAGACAUCAAUUUUUUAAAACCAUUUUUGGCUGACUUUUGCUGCCCCCCUCGUCCUUGGAAUCAGUGGGAGCUAGGUGCCUAAGUGCCUUUGAGAAUCUGGGCAAAAGUGUGUUUGUUCAGUUUAUAGGUGCUUGUGGUAUGAACAGAUGUCACCUGGUGAUUAGUAGGAUGCUAUCAAACUCCUUUUCACUGCUAUACUUGUGACCUAGUUCAAGAGGUGACUGAUAAGUGCUUGAAAUUGAUUUAUUACAAAUAAUUGAGCAAAAUUACAUUUUAGCAUAAUCUGGCAAAAAGUAAGUUAGGUUUUCACAAUGGAGGACCUUAUGACUUAGUUUGAAAGUGCUCCUCAUUUCUGUAGUUUGGUGUGAUGACUUUGGCUGCAUGCGAUUUUUUGAUCUGGGGGAAAAUGGGAAAAAUCAGACUGGCAAACUUGAACUGUUCAUCUAAAUGACAAUAUUUUGUGUAAAAAAAAAUUUUUAAACACAUUUUUCCUGAUUUGCACACCGCUUAGUAAAAUUACUUACUUGGAAGCUAAAAUUCUGUGUCCCUUUUCUCUUCCUACCUCACCAGACUUGUUACUCUCUCUCUGUGUGUGAUAUCGAUAGUAAAUUGAAAGUGGAUGCAUAAAUCUUAAUUAUUACAGUUUAUCAUAUGGUUCCCUCAGAGUAAUUGCUAAUAUGUGAUGAUUGAGUUACAUAAGCCUUGAUAUGAAAACAACAAUAUAAUCAUUUCUAGCUACCCAGAGUCUUUUAUAGAGGAUUAGACUAAUUCUUUAAAAAAAUCGAGACAGUAAAUUAAGAUUUUAAAUCGCUCAUUGAUUUCAGAGUUCAAAUUGUUCAGCUUGUCAAAAAGAAGAUCAAGAGGUGACUUGAUUACAAUGUAUAAAGAACCUUCAUGGGGAGAAAAUACCAGAUACUACAGGGCUCUAAUCUAGAAGAAAAGAGCAUAACAAGAACUAAUGGCUGGAAGUUAAAGCCAGACAAAUAUAAAUUAGAAAUAAGGCACACAUUUUUAAUAGUGAGGGGAUGAAUCAUUGAAACAAACUACCAAGGGAAAUUGUGGAUUCUCUAUCUCUUGAUGUCUUCAAAUCAAGAUUGGAUGAUUUCUGGAACACAAAGUUAUUGGGUUCAAUACAGGAUUAACUGGGUGAAAUCCAAGACCUAUGUUUAUACAGGAGGUCACAGUAGAUCUAAUGGUCCUUACUGGCCUUAAAAUCUAGUGACUGAAUUUGACUACAACAACCUGCCUUAAAACUCUAUCAAGGUGAGGAACACUGUGUUUGUUUCUGGUUGGGUGAGUAAUACAUCAGAAGGGUAUUUUUAAUUGAUUAUUUUCAAUAUAAGUGUGAGCAAGCAGGUGAAUUUUAAUAACGGUUUUGUGAAGCUGAACUUCCUACACUAUGAGGAGGAUGGAUGGGUGGCUGUUUGUUCUGAGUUAAUGUAACCUAUCUUACUUUUCUUGUGUGUAUCAGUAGUACCAAUCUUUCAAACAAACAAUUUCUGUAGUGCCAGAGGCGGUAGUUCUUCCUCAAAAUGAGGUUUAUUUAUGUAAUUUACUUUCUGAAUUGUGUGCCAGCAAUUUGUUACCAGUAUCUUUAAAUACCAUUAUUGAUGUCUUUUCAGCCAUGCAAGCCAUUUUGGGUGAAGGCGAGGCUGUUCAGAUUUUUUUUUUCUUUUCAUUAAGGAGAAUGGGAAACUAUAUCGUGCACUUGCAGAAAACAGCAGGGUGGUACUGGUGCAUUUCGUCCUCCAUGCCUUAAGAAAAAUUGACCACAUUUUGUCAAAGACAAAGGAUUUGCUUGGUGACAUUUUCCAUUGUUCAGUAUAACCAGGCUAUACAAAAAGGUUAAUUUCAUUGCUGGUAGAAAAAUGCAGACAAGUUUUCAUGGUUUUUUUUGUUUGUUUGUUUUGUUUUUUUGAAACUUCAGGCUUUGGCCAGCUGACAUCAAUUUUCCUUAGUGUAUGCACCUUCCUCAAACGUUAAUGGAAAGUACAAGCACUUCCAUGCACGUGUUUUCAUCCUGUGGGAAAUCUGCUGUGCAGCCAGUAGUUACACAGUGUAGAGGGGCCAUGGUAAUGACCCCAUGGGAAGAGCAAACUCUUGGAUGACUACAUGAAUGUGGUGAGAGUUAUUAUUUAUUAUUUGUAUUAUAAUAGAGCUGCCUUCUGUAUGCAAAAUCAGUAACCACAUUGUGCUAACUACUAAGAGACACCUAUGCUAGAAAGCCUUGUAAGACACUUUGAAACAUGUUACUGUGUAGGCUGCUGCAAAGCAAGUAUACUCCCAGUUUCUGGUGACAACAAGUUAACAGCAUUUAAAUAUGGUAUGACACUGCAACAUGACAUUGGUUAAUAACAUUAUAUAACAAUUGUACCCGUUUAUCCUGUUAACAAUCCCUGAGCCAGGGAUGACUCCGAAGAUUUUUUUGUUUUUUGUUUUGUUAAAGUUGAUUUAGAAAUAAAACAAGUUGAACUAUUUCAGUCU